CAGUAUCUAGCAUUGGACAUGGGCAAAGAGUGAAGGAGUGGCUCAAAGGGAUGAUCAACAACACAUCUGGGUCAAGGUUUAUGUGAAAGCGAGCUGUUACAGCACUUUGCAUUGUGCACAAGAGAAGUUUUCCUGUAUUUACAGACCGAAUGGCAGCGCAAGUCUCUUCCUCCAUCUGCAUAGCAGCGUGUUUGUUACUUCUGAGCUCAUCCUUCGUAGAGGCUGAUGGGCCAGUGGUUUCCACCAAAUAUGGGACUUUGAAGGGUAAAUACCUGAAGGUGAAGGGCACAGAGAGAGUGGUGCACACCUACCUGGCUGUGCCGUUUGCUAAACCACCACUGGGGUCUUUGCGGCUGGCCCCUCCUCAGCCCCCUGCAGCAUGGGAGGGAGAGCUUGAUGCCACCCAACAGCCAUACCUGUGUAUCCAAGACAGAGAGUUUAUCAUUUCAUUGCUGAAAAAUACUUCAAUGGACAUGGAAGUUCCAGAAGUCUCAGAAGACUGUCUAUAUCUCAACAUAUAUACUCCAGUUAAACCCACAGAAGGCACAGAAUUACCAGUCAUGGUGUGGAUCCAUGGAGGCGGAUUUUUGUUGGCUGGAGCAUCCGUGUUUGAUGGCUCUGCUCUGGCCGCCUACGAGAACGUGGUGGUGGUGCUCAUCCAGUAUCGUCUGGGACUUCUUGGUUUUUUCAGCACGGGGGAUGAACAUGCCCCGGGAAACAUCGGACUUCUCGACCAGGUGGCUGCACUGCAGUGGGUCCAGGAGAAUAUCCAGAGUUUUGGGGGAGACCCCAAAUCUGUGACCAUCUUUGGAGAGUCAGCGGGUGGUGUUAGUGUGUCCCUGCAGACGCUGUCUCCACUGUCUGCUGGCCUGUUCCACCGUGUCAUCGCUGAAAGCGGAACUGCAAGAAUGACGAUGCUUUUAAAUUCCAACCCCCUCCCCGUGGCUCAGCUGCUGGCUAACAUGUCAGGCUGUGACAUCAGUAGCCCAAAGCAGAUUGUAGACUGCAUUAUGCAAAAGUCUGAAGAGGACCUCAUAAAGCUGCAGGAGCAGGCUAAAACGAUCAGCUGUGGAAUAACCGUAGAUGGAGUGUUCCUUCCCAAGCCUGUGGAGGAGAUCUUCCGGACGCAGGGGUUCCACAAAGUUCCAUUCAUGACAGGUGUAACCAACCAGGAGUUUGGCUGGACCCUGGCAAAUUACCUGGGUCCUGCAGGCUGGGAGAAGGGCUUGGAUCGGGAACAGAUCCUACCUUUUCUGUCUUUCCUGUACCCUGAGGGUGCAGAUCAGUGGAUGAAUGAGCUGAUCGUUGAUGAGUACCUGAGAACUUCCAAAGACAGGAGUACCAAUCGGGACCUCUGGCUGGAACUGAUGGGAGAUGUAAUGUUUGCCAUUCCUGCCAUCGAAUCGGCCAAUUUUCACAGAGAUGCUGGAGUGCCUGUCUACUUGUACGAGUUCCAGCACGCUCCCAGCCUGCUCCGGGACAGGAGGCCGAACUUCAUCAAGUCUGACCAUGGAGACGACCUCUUCUUCGUGUUUGGGGCCCCCUUCUGUCAGGGGCACAUACAUUUCUCAGGCACAUUAACUGAGGAGGAGGAGCAGCUAUCCAAAGCAGUAAUGGCCUACUUUGGUAACUUUGCUCGAACUGGGUCUCCCAAUGGAGAUGAUCUCGUUCCCUGGCCAGAGUAUGGACAGAGUGAGGAGUACCUGGAAAUAGGGUUAAAGAUCAGGACUGGACGACGCCUCAAAGCAAACCGCUACACGUUCCUGACCAAGACACUCCCAGAAAAGAUCAGAGUUCAGUGGGAGCAGAAAGAUCAUGGCGAGCUGUAAGGCUCUUAACAAGCAGCAGGGGGCAGCACUGUAUCCACCAAGGCCUAUUCAGGGUCAUUUCCAGACUAAUACAUUUAAAUAAUAAAACCUGAUAAAGAAAA